CGCGCAAUGAUAGCCGGAAGCAUCGAUGGGGUGGAAAUAGAAAUCGAUCAAAUUCAGUGUAGUUCGUAAGUGCAAAGCUUCGACGGACUGCCUUUUCCACGAAAGUUAGCUCGAUAAAUUACAGACCUCUCGACUUGGCGGUGGAGGAAAUGUUGUGGAGAGAGAAGGCUGUUUCUUUUUUCAAGUUACUUGGUGGGGGUUGAGCUGACGUGGGGAGAAGUUCGAGCUGCCAGAAAAGAGCAGAUAAACAAACAAACAACCAGCGGGUCAGCUGAGCGACUGUCUGUCCAAACGGGGGCUAACGUUAACCAGGGGAGACUGGGUAAAUGUCAGCGAGAGCAAUUCGUCGCUAGUGUUUUGGACCCAAGAAUGGCUCAAAUAGUGUCCUGACGUUUGUGUUUACCCCCACGCCAAGUUCAAACAGUGGCACAAAGAAGAAAAAUACCACGCGAGGACAAUUGUUUCACUGUGUUCCUGUCGACUAGCUUGAUAGAACACUGUCAACACAAAACUUUAUGUGCCAAUGAUUUGACUGUGUAUGUACUUCAACAGUUAGCUACUAAAGAAUCGUCUCGCUUUAUCCCAUUGAAACAGAACAAUAUAGUACAAACGCUGAGUGGAUAGAGAAGUGGGAUAGCCAUGGCCCACCAUUCAACUCCCAGUUCCCAGAAGGCCCUGAUGAUGGAGCUCAAGUCCCUGCAGGAGCAGCCGGUGGAGGGCUUCCGCAUCGGCCUGGUGGAGGAGUCAGACCUUUACAACUGGGAGGUGGCCAUCUUUGGCCCCCCCAACACACUGUACGAGGGAGGCUACUUUAAGUCUCACAUCAAGUUCCCCAUUGACUACCCCUACUCCCCUCCGACCUUCCGUUUUCUCACCAAGAUGUGGCAUCCCAACAUCUACGAGAACGGCGACGUGUGCAUCUCCAUCCUUCACCCUCCCGUCGACGACCCCCAGAGCGGGGAGCUCCCCUCAGAGAGGUGGAACCCCACUCAGAAUGUCAGGACCAUUUUGCUGAGUGUGAUCUCUCUGCUGAAUGAGCCCAACACCUUCUCACCGGCCAACGUGGACGCCUCCGUUAUGUUCCGCAAGUGGAGGGACAGCAAGGGCAAGGACAAGGAAUACUCAGAGAUUAUCAGGAAGCAGGUGGUGUCCACAGUGGCAGAGGCGGAGCGCGACGGUGUCAAGGUUCCCACCACGCUGGCAGAGUACUGCGUCCAGACCCGGGUUCCCUCCCAGGACAGCAGCUCAGACCUGCUCUACGACGAUCUCUACGACGAUGACAUGGAGGAGGAGGAAGAAGAUGAUGAAGAUGAGGAAGAGAAUGACAUGGAGUCAGGAGGAGAGGCAGGUGGGACCAGCGGAGGAGAAGGAGGCGUCACUACUCGCUGCUAUGACGAUGACCAGGAGGAUUCUGGGAACGAGGACUCUUGAUGAUGAUGGACGCCCCAAAUUGACGCCUUACACCCUGCUACGUCCUAUCCUAGCCUCCCUUCUGAUCCUGUUAAGCUUAGAACAUCCCCUAAAAUACACAUCUUCUGGUGCAUUAAUAGCAAAAUAAUAACUGGACAACUAGGACUCCUCAAUUUGAGUGGAUUCCAAUUAAAGGUGUCUACAACCACAAAAAAAGCGAAUAUCUCAGCGAAUAUAAUUUGUAUAGUUAAAUGAUAUUUUUUAUUUAUUUCUCCUUUUGAAAUUUGACUUUACCGCAUGCUUUUGGUUUCCUUAUUCGAUGGUCACAUAUUCAAAGCCUGCCUCCCUGGUCUGAUAGCUUGAUAGAAGACAGUUGGUGAACAUAAACACAAACAAACAUCCGAGCCCACGGGAGCUUGUUUUGUUGCAAAAUGUGCAGAUAAUCUCUGCCUUUAGGCUAAGAUCAAGUGUAGUAUCUGUUCUUGUCAGUUUAAUAUCUGAACAGAAUUUUAGAACGGGGAGAUGGAAAAUGGUCUUACUCUGUCUGCUCUACGGAACCACCUGUUAUUGCAGUGCCUCCGGGAACGGAGCACACAAAAAAAGAUGCUGCUAAAUGAAAUGUGUUGUUUGUGUUGCAUUACAAUUUUGGGUGCGGUUGCUUUUGUGUAUGUCCAACAACUGUCUGUGUUUUGUCAUGUCACUAGAUGUAUUUGUUAUAAGAAUGUUCCGGGCUUAAAUUUUUCUUUUUCAAACCAAACUCACCGAACUUGGUCCCCUCUUGGCCUCUUCAUACCCUGGUAAUCUUUCAUUUUGUUUUUUGUCCCCCUGACCGACCACGCCUUCACACCACACCUCCUGUUUCACCUCUGAACUCUGACCCCUCCAAAGCUGGGGGGUGUUCAUUAGGUACCAAAAUGGACUGAAACAGGGAUGGACUACCAUCUUCAAUUGUCCAGUAAGAAAUGCUCAUUUUUGUUUUCCGUAGCAAAACGUUAUGCUACGAUGUUCCUUUAUGACUAUGAGCCUUUAUGGGGCACUGAGAGGAUGUGCUGUCUAGGACACAGAACCAGAGGAGUGUUACAUCUUCCUCUCCCUCCUUCCCUCUCUCCAUCCGUCUAUUCUUUCCCUACUUCCAAACCUCAGGGCCUCCAUAGACUCUCACUGGGAGAGAACUAGGGAUGUAGUGGAGGAUAAACGCACCUUAACGCCGUCUACGCACCUCUAUAUGUUGUGAAAAGCGUUGUUGGCACCUAUUCAGCGUUUACCCACCUUAUUUCUUUACUACUAUAUCCCUGGAGAGGGCUCACACUCAAACUGCUCCUCAGCUUGAGCUUGGUAUUGUUUUGAUGGAUGUGUUUUUAUUCUUCCAGGUGUUGUAUGUGUUUACAGAGGGAACUUCAAAUCUCCAACAACACUAUCGAUCCACAUGUCUCCUCUACCUUUUUUCCCUCCAACCUCCUUUCAGGGUUUCCUUAUCUUUGUUCUUUCUGUGUUGCCCUGUUCUGUUGGCCAUGCUUCACAAAACUAAACUAGACCAGUCUCAUCGUAUGCUUGAUAUGCUUUCUUGGAAUUGGCGCAAACUCCUGGAAUUCUAGUAUGCAAGCCAGUCAGGUGGUCAAAAUGGAAAGUGAAGUUGAAUAAGUGGUGUUCUGUAUUUUAAUAAACUAUUUACACAUGCCAAAAGGCAUUAGCCAUUGUUUGUUAGUUAGCACAUAUAGCUAAAAGAGCACAUUUAGUCAUCAACAACAUGUAUCAGCCAGGAAAGUAGAUUUUGCUAAGCUGUGACAGAGCACAUGCUGCAUUUGUGAUUCAGAGUUACACAUGGAGCACCAUUGCAUUUUCUGAGUGAAAAAUUAUGCUUCUUGGAACUCCUCUGCAAAUACUUGGGCUGAAGAACAGCAUAGGCCCUAUGUAGCAAUGCUUAAGUUGUGUAAGUGAGGUGACAUCACAGUCAAGUCAACCCAUCAACUGUGCUCAUUAGGCCUGCAGCUUUCACGUGUUUCUGUGCGUGUGUGUUUUACCAUUACCCCGUUCAAUGGAACACCUGUUACACCUUGCACUCACAUGUAGGUGCUGGCCUGGAUUGUAUGCCAAGGAAAUGUUUCAUGACCACUUCCAGUAACGCUACAACCAUCAGUCAGUUAUGGAUGUGUGAAGUAUGUCCUGUUUUUAAGAACUAUAAGGGAGAAACUUGACAAAUCAGUCUGAGGAAGACUAACAGAAUCAAAACAAUAACUUUUCUCCUCCCUUGCUCUGUUGAUCUGGGGCUGGCUUCAAGUCAAAAAAUGAGUUGACUGAUGGAUCACAAAUGGAUUGUUCUUCUCCUCAGCCACUGGACGUUCAGGGAUAUGAUGUCAACGACCGGGGUGAACCGUGUCUCAAUACUCUAAAAUGGCUUCCUCUCUUCACCCCCUUUUCUUCAUGAUCACUGAUAGGUGAAAGGAUUGGAUACAUUUCCACUUGGAAGGAAGCCAUUGAGUAUUGAGAUGCAUCGUUCUCAUUCUCACUGACCUUUGCCUUCUGCGUAUUGACUAGGAGGAGGCAGUUGGAACAGCGUUUACCUGGUUCUGAAUCGUAGGCCAAAAUGACACUUGAUUAGAAGGACCACAUGCUAAGCUGUCAGAAUCGCACUAUUGCGAAGUGUGUGUACUAGUGUUUUGAGGAGCUUUUCCCUCUGAGGCUGAAAAUGGUCACAUUUGGACAAAGAAUAACAAUUGUCAACUGUUCCCACAGCCAGUGAUAUGGACGAUGCAGUCCUCCUUUUGUUUUGUAGUUUGUUUCAUUUAAUUUCCUCUUCCUAUUGUGUUGUGAGGAUGCAAAUGUCACUUAUAAAAUUUAUAUUAUAAAAAUGUUGUUGAAUGGA